AUCGAACAACGGCCACCCAAAGGGGACCCACUUUUCCACUCUUCAACCAGUCCUACUUUCUUUGCUUCUCUCAACACUCUUCAUUAUAUUGCUUUCCCUUCGUUUCCUUGUUUUUGUGUAAACUCCUACAACACAAACACAAGCCAAGAUAAUCAAAGAUAAGACCUUGCAUCAACCCUUUUCACAUGCACGCCACAGUGAAACACACUCCAAUUCGUGGUCUAAGCUGACGGUGAAAAUUGGAGAUUUUGUUUGUUGCUGAGGGUUGUGCUGUGUUGUUGACGCCUAAAGAUAAUGGCUUCCUCUCAUGGUAAUGCACACUCUGAUGCUGCAAAGAUGGAACAGAUAAUCACUGAGUUUUUUGCCAAGAGUCUUCAUAUAAUACUCGAAUCAAGGGCACCCUAUGUGUCCUCUCGCAAUUUCUACGGUGAUCAAGCUGCUUUGUCUCCAUGUUCAUCGUCUUCAUCUUCGUCCAGUGUGCGGCCGAGGGAUAAGUGGUUCAAUUUGGCGCUUCGGGAGUGCCCGGCGGCGUUGGAAAACAUUGACAUCUGGCGCCAGAACAACAUUGAGUGCAUAGUGAUUGAUGUGAUUUUAGUGCAGAGACCUCUGGAUUGGGACCCUGUGACUGCGAGUCUCUCUCCAAGAAGGGUUCUCCCCAGGAGUUCUUCGCUGAAGGAAAGAUGCCCUUUUGGCUGGAACACUGAUCAGGAAGAAUUGGGGGUUGUGGGAAGGAGUGAAAAGAUUGUGGAGAGGUGGGUUGUGCAGUAUGAAAGUAGGAAGACAAGGGAUUCUAGUUCUUGCAGUAGGAGGUCAAGCAGUGUUUCUUUGCAUAACUCGUAUAAGAAAUCAACUUUGCUUUUGAGGUCUUUGUAUUCCACUCUUAGACUUUUACCUGCCUAUAAAGUAUUCAGAGAGCUUAAUUCAUCUGGACAAAUAAGGGAUUUUACCCUAGCUCACCGUGUGUCUUCUUUUGUUGAGCCCUUCACCCGGAAAGAAGAGGCUGAAAUGAUGAAAUUCGGGUUCACCCCUGUGGAUACUUCUUCUGGUAGGCUGUGUCUUAGUGUGAUGUAUUGCCCCGUGGUCUCAGGUGUGAGCUCAGAACCUUCGACUCCAAUGUCCCCACAAGUUAUAACAGACUAUGUUGAGAGUCCAUUGGCUGAUCCGUGGAGAAGGUUUCCUUCUCUUCCUGUUGCAGGCUUGCCAUCUCAUGGCUCUCCAUCAUCGUUGCCAUCCUCAAGGCAGCGCAGUUUGAGUUUCGAUCAUUAUAGAGCCUCACCUCCAUCUUAUUUACCUUCCCCUACUUAUUCAGAAUCACUCUCUUCAGUGUAUAAUGCAAGUUUGCGGCGUUUUCCCCCGGCAAGUUUGCCUCCUCAUCCAACUGAGAUGUCUUUGAUUCAAAAGAAGAAUACAAAUUUUGAUGAUUAUUAUCAUUCUCGAUCACCUUCAACCGAUAAUUCAGGACCAUUACCAUGCAAACCACUUUUACGAUCUGGAAGUGCUCCUGUCAGUAUACCUGCUGAAGUUGCUAAUUUUCCUGGUUAUUCCAAUAGGCAUAAUGUGCCUCCGUCUCCUCCCCUAAGAUGUUCAAGGGGCACUGCUAAGAUUGGUAGAUGUACAAAUGCUAUGCAAACUGGUGCAACAGCUGAGAAGCUGUUUUCUCUUGGAAAAGAUGAGUCUCGAAAAUAUUCUGGAGUCAAGAUAUCGUCUAACAGCUCGCCCUCCAGUAGGUCUUAUCAGGAUGAUUUUGAUGAUACUGAUUUUACUUGUCCGUUUGAUGUGGAUGAUGAUGAUAUUACGGAUCCAGGAAGCAGAGGCAGAGAGACGACCUUUAAGAUGGAAGCAUCCUGCACUGGAUUGGAGGCCGUGGUUUGGAGGAUCAUCCUCAUGUCAUCUUUGGAAAUAGGAUCAACAAUAUUGAUAUUGGAACCAAUCUUGAUACACCAUUUACUGCAGAGUGGAAGUUAGACUUCAUGAGAAAGGACCGUGGUUUAUCUAGGGUAAAAUCUUAACUGGUCUCCUUUAGUGUUGGGAGUUCUCCCAUUUGUUGGAAAGGUCCAUGCAUUUCUAAUGUUAGUGAUAAAAAUUGAUGUUCUUUCAAAGGUAGUUAUGAAUUCCUUAUGUUAAGCACCCAAGUACAUGGGAAAUCACCCCAUAUUAAAAGAUUGGUGUUAAGAGGCAGAACAGUCCUUGAUAAACACUUUAAUAUUUGGGGAACUCAGUACAAAAGUUAGUUGUUCAUAGGAGAGAAUCUAAUACUUAAAUCUCCACCGAUUAUCCAAUAUUACUUGAUGUGAGACUUAAACAUUCUAUAGUAUCCAAAUUCUUAUCAUGAAACUUGAUUUCGAAAUUAUACAUCCGUUAUUGUUCAGAGUAGUUGCUUAGGGCUACCUAUUGUUUAGCCUGUAUUUAAGAGAUUUAAUCAUUUGGAAUGCUCCCUGUUGAUAGAAAGGAUUUUCUUGGCCUUGAACAGAUAUAAAAUAGUUGAAGUGUGGUUUGAGAGACGACUGAAGACAAAAGAUAUUAGGUGAUAUUUUUGUAUCAGAUUAGGAAUUACUUAAGGUAUUGUAGGGAUUAAUUGGCUGAUUUGGCCUCUAGUGUUGCAUGCAUGAGAACACUGUUGUAUUUUUUGUGGAUCAUAAUUCUGACUUGAUGUAAUUUAGUCACUCCUGUAAAUCUUACAGUUGAAUAUUUUAUUUAAUUGAGCUUUGAUUUUAAUUUUGAAUGACCAUUAACUUGUUAUCCAUCAAGAUAGAGGUCUACUUUUAAACUUAUGACUCUUUUCACAACUUCACCUAGAUUCUUGUGCUAAUUACUAAUUGUUGUUUUAUUUCUAUGUAUUGUGUCAAACUUGAAAGAAAGCAUACAAUCUGGUUAUUUCUUCCUUGUCUUUAAGAUAUAGAUAACAUAAAAUUUGCUAUACUGUGUUUUUAAUUUAGCA